CUGAUAGGUGGCACUAAUUGGCAUUGAUAGGUGGUACUGACUGGCACUGAUGAGUGGCAUUGAAAGGCAGAUCAGAUGGGCACGGAUAUGUGGUAUUGAUGUGCACUGGUAUGCACUGAUAUGUGGCAUUGAUGUGGCACUGAUGGGCACUGGCAGGUGGCAUGGAUGAGCACUGACUGACUGAUGGACUUUGACAGGUGGCACUGCUGGGGCUACACUGAUCAUCAGUGCCCUGAUGAUCACUGUCAGUGUGACAGCUCGAGAGGAGAGAAAUGCCUAUAACCGGCAUU